GACACGUAGUCACGUGGACCCCGCACAAGCCUAUGGAUCGAACCUCUUCUCCGGAAUGAGUGAGUGUAGUGACGAACUCUUCUUCUAGCAGCCCUUUAUCCUCUACCAUAGCUUUCUGAGUUUAUUCAUCUUCAUUCCAAAACCCCCAUUUUCACUUUUUCAUACAAACCCAUUUUUUCUUCUAAAGUUUCCACCUUUUCAGCAUAUCAUCAACAUGCAACCCAAAACUGAACCCGGGUCACCACCAGAUUCCAAUUCCACAAACCCUAACAAUCUUGAAGAUAAGUCUAUUCAUGAUCUUGUUCUGGUACUGCGUGGAACUUGUCAAUGGGAAACUUUUGAUAGUGUUGAAGCUGUUUUGGAGAAUAGGUAUAUGAGACUCAGAGAGGAGAAUCAAAAGUUGCAACAAAGCUUUGAAAUGGAGAGACUUAAGCUUAGAGAGGAGUUUCACUUAGAGAGACUUUCAAGGGUAUAUGCUGAGUCUGAGUUUAAGAAAAGAGAGGAAAUUUGUGAGAAAGGUAAGAAAGUAAAAGAAAGUUAUGAAGCUCUUUUGAAAGAAGUUAAGGUAAAUAGAUUAGUUGAUAGAAAAACUAAUGUAGAGUUAGAAAAGAAGAACAAUGAAUUGGAGGUUGAAAUUAAGAAUUUGAAGGAGAAAUGUGUUGAUAGUAGCAAUGAAGUUGAUGUAAUAAGAACAAAGAUUGUUGAAUUAGAGGAUGAAGUUUUAGAGUUAAACAAGAUUAAGAAAAAAUGGGAGGAAGAUGACAUUGAAUUGGGUGAAUUAAGAAAAAUGUCUGGUGAAUUAGAGAGUAAGGUUUUGGAGUUGACGAAGUCAAAGGAAAAGUGGCUAGAUGAUAAAAAUGCUUUGGAUGGACUUAAGAUUAAAAAUGAUGAAUUGAAGGAAACAGCAAAGAAGAAUUUGGUAAUGAUGAGUGACUUGAGGCAUGAAAGCAGGAAAUUGGCAGAGGAGAAGCGCGAAGCCGAGACAUUACUUGAGGCUUUGAAGAGGAAGUUUAUUCGACUGCGUGAAAGAGUAACAACGUUGGAGGAAGAUCUCAUUCUUUUGUCGGGCUUAGAUGCCUCUAUUGGUGGCAACAUUGAGGGGGACCCUUCUGCGGAUCCAAUGGUUCCUAGUUUUGAAGAGAGCGAGCAAGAGGAUGAGGAACAAGAUGUUCCUAUGGCUGAUAGUUUUGAAGAGAACGAGGAUGAGAAUGCUGGUGAUGAUGAGUUCAUAAAUGUCGUUGUUGACGAGGCUGCUCCUUUACCAAGAAAUGAAGAUGAUCAUCACACCCUUGGAGUUGCUGCUAGUACUCAGCCACCGAGCAAAGGGAGCAAGGAUGCUCAAGGUGCAUCAUCAUCAGGUGAAGAGUGUUGGAUGGUAUACGCUAGAAAGCCCAGGAAAACGGUUGAGAUGGCAGGUUCUUGUGGAGCCGGUGGAAGAGUGAAACUGGAAAAUGAGAUUGAGAUCAUAAACCUUGACGAUGAUGAUCAAUCUAUGCCUCAAGGAAUACAUGAAAAGAAAGCUAGUUUUGGAAUCACUGUGAAGAUUGAAGAGCCAAGUUCAUCAGGGGCCCUGACAACCCAACAAAAAAGCAAAUUUGGCAAUGCAGUUGACACUGUCAAAAGAAAAUUUUCUUUCAGCGACAGUGAAACCUCGACUUCUACUUCCUCCGAUGGUUCAUGUCUCGAUAAUCUUACAAUAAGGUCUGAUGCAAAAAAGAAAAAGAUGUAGGUAGACAGUGCAGGAUUGAACUAUUAUCUAAGGUAAAUAGGCUAUAAAAUUAUAGUAUCCUUGUUAGCCAUGACCUUUUGUUAGGUUUUAAUGAACAAUUAACUCAUGUUAGUUAUUAGUUUUGAAAGUAUAUUCAAAUGUUAGAUUGUAUAUUAUGGACAUGGGGCCAUGUUACAUUUGUAUCUAGGCCUACUUUAUUUAACUAAAUGUUCACUUGCUAUCUAUUAUGUUUGUUUGAUCA